AUGGCGAGAGCAAAUAACUCUAAUAGUGAAUCUGAAACUAAGACGAGGAACAAUAACCAGGGUAAUGCCGGAUCAUCGAACGCUUCAAACACUACUAGUGCGGGAUCCAAUUCACAAUCUUCGAGGUCUAAUGCAAAGCAAAGACUCACUGCAGCACAACAGCAGUAUAUCAGAGACUUAAUCAAUGAACAUAUAACAAACAAUGAUCCUACAUUAGAAGAAAAGCCGCAUCCGCUUGACUUUGAACAAUAUAGUGAGGAGUUUAUUCGAGCAUACAAGGACCAUUUCGGCUUGAAUGUGCCAGACCAGAUGACUUUACAAGGCUAUUUGUUAGGAUCUGAACUGGGGAAGAGAACUAUAUCAUAUAAAAGAAAUGUAUCAUCAGUUCCUGGACAUAGAAUAACGAAAACUGAAGCUGCCUCAAAGAUAAAGAAGCAUUUUAACAGUCUCAGUAUAAAAGAAACUGAAUGCAUACCGAACUUUAUAUACAAGGUCAGGAACCAGAAAAAGAAGUUUAAGAUGGAGUUUAGAGGGUAA